AUGGCUUGGAUCUCUCGUGUCACCUUUCUUUCCGGUGGCGAGACCGAACAGUCCCCAGACACAGCGCGUUCGACGACGACGACGAGGCGAGGAAGAGGCAAGGGAAGACUGACUGGUUUCUGGGUCCAUGACGAAGCAAUGUUGACCAGAUCCCGCAUGCCCUCCGUAUCAGAUAGGAAAACACACAGGACGUCCGUCAGCGCGCCCAGCACGUACCGAAUGAAUGAUGUGAUCCGGUGCCACGUCCAGCGGGUCUACAGCCAUAUAUACGGGAUCCUAAUGAGGAGCAUGAACAAACAGACUAAAGUCCUCAUCACGACAUAUAGCUUGUGUGGAACAGGACUGGAUGGGUUGAAGGUUGCCAAUUACUGUGUCCACUAUGGACUCAGCAAGGAUAUCAACGAGGUCGCUCAAGCAACGGGACGCGUUGACAGACAGGGGCAGCCCAUCACGUCUCACAUCCAUACGUUUGAGUCUAAGGAACAGCCUUUAGACCAGCUGACGGCUCGGAUGAGAGAUGCGCGCGAUGGACUGUUUGGCGAGGACGGCUUGCUGGGAGAAAUCGUCGCCCUGUUCGGGACGGGAGAGGAGGUUGCCGAGUAG